AUGGGGUCCUUCAUUUCGCGUGCUGCGCGCGGCUGUGAUGUGCCGGUUGCCUUCCUCAGUCUUCUCUUAGAGCACGACCACCUCGACGACCUUCUUCGCUGCUGUCAGUUCUCCCUCUCGCUUCCUCGCGCGCCACGUUUGCGCAGCGGCGCUCCGCUGGCGCCCUCGGCUUGCCGGUCUUCCCUGGCUUCUUCGCUGGAGUCUUCUGUCUUCUCCGCCUCGCGCGGCUCCGCCGAGGCUGCGCCUGCGGACGCUCUCGCGCCCGGCUCCCGCGCGAGCGCCUUGGACGCCUCGUUGGGCCUCCUCGUCUCUCUGGGUGCGCACACGUCUGUGCCCGUCUCCACGCCUUCUGCGUCUCCUUCUGUCGCUUUCGCGAGCGGAGAGGCCGCGAAGGCGCAUGCGCUGCCAUGGAGCGACGAGCGCAGCAUUGCAGAGAGCCUCGCGCUCGCCAUCGUUUCGCAUCUGCAUCGGCGUAUGUGCCUGCUUCCAGACGCCCUGGGAGAGGCGCGGGGCGAAAGCACCGAGAAGAAACGCGUGCAGCUCGACGUCCUCGUCAAAGCCCACGUCCAACUCGGCCUUACGAGCGAACUUGCCUCGCUGCUGCAAGAGGAAGCGUUCCGCUGCAUGGAGUGCAUCGGCCGAGACAUUGACGUUCUUUACUCCGAGGCCGGGGAAGACUGUCUCCUCCUCACUCUCCAGCUUUUCUUGGAGAGCUCGCGUUUCUUCCUGGCGGCGGGGUGCCUGCAGCUGCAUCUGACUGUGAAUCGCUUGGCGGCGCUGGUGGCGCUCCAGUUGAAGGCGGUGGAGUUUUUUCUUUCGCUGCGUUGUCUGGCGCGGAAAGUUCGCGAACACGACCUCGCGCGCCGCGCGCGAAUUCUCCGACUUCUCGAUCGCGUGCCGCGGCCAAGUUCCGCCGGCGCCGCCGAGACGCCGGCUGUCUUCUGCGGCGACGAGGCCACUAAGCGCGAGCCAAGGCAAAGCGCGGAUGCGCCGCCGGUCUCUCGCACCGCCUUGACGAGAGACGCGUUCGAGGGAGGAGUCGGGGGGCAAGACGGCAGCGCGUGGCUCGAGGGAGGCGCGGCCUCCAACGUCUCAGAGCUCGCGCCUUCGUCCCAGACUCCGCCUCUAGGCGACCUCGUUCAGACGCUCCUGUUUGAACUCAGCUGCGAAGAGGCGACGAUGCGGAGCGCCGACGCGACUCAGCUGGAGGAGGCCAGGGAGGCCUCUGGUGGCGCUCCUUCGCUUGCCUCUUGCGCCGCUAGAGACGCCGGCAUCUGGGAGAGGAGGCCGGAGCGCGGCCGCGCUGCACUCUUUGCCUCGUCCGGCACCAGCGGCGGCUUUCAGCAGACGCGGAGGGACAGCUUGGCGCGCCGAGGCUCUCUCCCGUCGCUGCAGAGCGGCGAGCGCACGAGCUCCGGGGUUCAGCCAGGGGGGGCAGGAAGAAUGGGCGCGGGAGACUACCGCCAGUGCGAUAAGGUCCGCUGUGAAGGCGCUGUAGACGACGAUGACGGCCGCACCAUCACCGCCCUGCUGGCGCGCGAGAAAGGCGCCGGCGACACGCUCCUGAGUCCCUUCAAGGUCGUUCACCUGUCGCUUAAGGAAGUUCUUCUCUUCAUCGAAGUCCAUCCCGACGCCAUGGCGAGCGUCAUCGUCGCAAGAGCCUACGACCACAUCUACGGCGGCGUCGUGAACGCGGCGUGGCCUCGGGCAAUUUUUCGGCACUGCGUCCUCCGCGGCGACCCGCACUAUCGAGAGCAGCUGCAGAGCCUCGGGGGCGGGGGUCGCGCGCCGCCCGGGGGGGCUUCUCGGCGCGCCGGCGCGGCUCCAUUUGUCGCCGAGCAGGCGGCCGAAGGCGCGCGAAGCAGAACCCCGCCUCCGUCGCAGAGCGACGCUGGAGACAGCGCUGAGGAAGGGGAGAGGCGCUGCCACGGGAGGAGAUCCGCGUGCGCGGUAGCCGAGUCCAGUUUGUGGAAGACGGGGGGCUUUGGGAACGAAAUCAUGGCCGCGGUCGUGCGCCUUUUUCUAGCCGAGUUCGGCGGGGGAGGCGCGGACCCGGAGAAGGCGGCGUCGUCGCCCGCGUCUCUUCAGCAGGGCGGCGAGUCGUCCAGCCCACGAGGCGAGGGAGACUCCGCACGCGGAAGACCGAGAAAAAUUGCAGAAAGUUCUUCAGGUCUCGUGCUCGUCGCCCUCGACGCCCGACACGCAGAGAGAGACCUGCAAGGCGAGAAAGCGUCUCCGCGGCACCCGGCGGCGGUCAAUCGAGACGCCCAGGACGACAGCGGAUGUAACGAGGACAAGCGGCUCUCUGGACGAGGCGGCGCGGCGGAGUCUGCAGUCUGGCAAACAGCAGACGGACACCGAGCGGCUCCCAUGGUUGGGGAGGCUUCCAACAUCGGCGGCCAACGCCGAGGUUUUGGGGGUCGCCAGGUGCAGGGCAGCCCCCAGGGGACUUCGAAGCAGGAAGAGAGCCGGGCCCGAGGGUCCGGCGCGGUCGCGGUGUGGGCCUCAUCGGCGGUUGGCGACGAAGGAGACACCGCGCGGUGGACAGAGACAGAGUCUGGAAAUGGCGAUUUGCCCCAGGCGGCCCUCGACUUGCGAGGCCGGAGACGUGGCGAGGGCCUGGACAGCGCCUCGCCCUCUUCGUCUCCCGCGGGGUGGCGCGAGAGGCCUCGGCUCGAGGAGGGCAGCCAAGGAUCUGCGCCAGGCGCAGGGCGGACGUCGUCGUCUCGUGGCGACGAGGGCGCGUCGCCCUCCUCCCCCUCCGUGGCGACAGGCUGUGGCGAGCGGCGCGUGGCUGCAGACGUUCUGCGGGCUCGCUUCCUUGGAAAGAACGUCGACCUCGGCCUCCCUGCCGUCGCAGGCGUCCAGGAGUACGCUGUCGACGCCCGUGCCGGGUCGCCAGGCGUGUCUCCGCGCGCUGCCGCCUCCCCCGCCCCUCCGCCGCGCGCCUCCUUUUUCACCGCGGCUGCCGACUUUGACUUCGGCGUCUACACCUUCCGGCCCUCGGGCGUCUUGGGCGAGAUUCGCCGCGCGUGCGCCGCGGGGCGGGCCCCGGCCGAGGCGGAGACGCUCGCCGAGGAAAUCGGCGAGAAAUUUCGAGACCGGUGCGUGAGCAGCAUGAAGGAUCUCCUCGUCCACGGCGUAGAAAACCUCGAACUCCGGCUCCAGUUUUGCCGUCUGCUCGGGCCGUCCUUCGCGGACGUGACAGCAGAGACCUGCGAGAUCGUGGACGACGCCUCGCUGUAUCCUCCCGCAGGGUUUCUCCGCGUGCACGGGCGACUCAACCGCAUGGCGGCGGGCGCCGGCGAGGCGCCGCAGCCCUCAGCCAGUGCGGGCGGGCCUGCGGACCGAGGCGCGAGUGCCCAGGCUGCACAGAAAGAGGGCAAGAAAAGCGGCGCGCAACCUCCGGCCGCCGCCGACGGGCCUGCGGCGUGGUCCGACACGCGCACUAGCGUGGAGGCCUAG